GGGUUAAAUUCAAAUACCCAGAAACCCAAAAAAAGAUCUGUUCCCUUCUAUACCCUGACAAGAUCCACACACAGUUGCUUAGCUUGGCUUUUUGCUUAUUGAAUGGCUUCCGGUUCAGAUUUCACCAUCCCCUCCAAGAUCAAGGCUUGGGUCUAUGCCGAACUUGGGAACCCCAACGAUGUCUUCACGCUAGCUUCAGAUGUCGAGGUUCCUGAGAUUAAGGAAGACCAGGUCCUUGUUAAGGUUGUUGCUGCUGCCCUUAAUAUUAUUGAUGCCAAGAGAGCUCGCGGCUUCUUAAAGGACAACGACUCUCCACCGCCCAUUGUGCCGGGCUACGACGUGGCCGGUGUGGUGGUGAAAGUCGGGGAUCAAGUGAAGAAGUUCAAAGUUGGGGACGAAGUGUACGGGGACAUCAAUGAGGUAUCUUUGAUCCGCCCAAAGCAACAUGGCACUUUGGCUGAGUACACUGCUGUGGAGGAGAGGCUGCUGGCUCUCAAGCCCAAGAACUUGAGCUUUGCUGAAGCCGCUUCACUUCCCAUGGUCAUUGAAACCGCUUAUGAAGGGCUCGAGAGAACUCACUUCUCGCCUGGCAAAUCCAUCCUCGUUUUGGGUGGCACCGGUGGUAUCGGUAGCCUCGUGAUUCAGCUAGCCAAGCAAGUCUUUGGGGCAACACGAGUGGCAGCUACAUUUAGCACCGGAAAGCUGGACUUGCUGAAGAGUUUGGGAGCUGAUUUGGCCAUUGAUUACACCAAAGAGAACUUCGAAGACCUCCCAGAGAAAUUCGAUGUUGUAUAUGAUGCAGUUGGUCAAAGUGAGAGGGCGAUAAGGGGAGUGAAGGAAGGAGGAAGUGUGGUGACAGUAGGGGGGCCUGUAACUCCACCCGCUUUCAAGUUCCAUGUGACAUCUAAGGGCUCAAUCCUGGAGAAACUGAAUCCCCUCUUGGAGAGCCAGAUAAUAAAGCCAGUGCUUGAUCCCAAAGGCACGUACCCGUUUUCUCGGGUUCUCGAAGCGAUCUCGCAUCUGGAGACUGGCCGACCCACCGGAAAGAUCGUCAUCUACCCGAUCCCAUGAAAUUUUAUAUAGAGAGAGAGAUUGUAGUGUGUUCUCUUUGAAUAUUGGACUGGGGGAACAUCAACCAUGUCCAUAGUGUUCCUGGUGAUAUAUAAAAUAAGAUCGCUUGUUCGACAA